AGAAAAGCCUGGAAGUUGACUACAAUCUCAAUAUGUACCUGAACUUCUGCAAGGCCCAAAAGACAAUGCUGUUCUGUCAUUUUUGACCCGACGUCAAACACUUGGGUAUAUAUGUCUCGGACAUUUCCAUCGGGACCCAACUUAUGUCACCUAUGCUGUCUUGCCCAAGGUUCGGCACAAUGCGAGCAAUGCCCUGUUGGACGUCUCCAACCAAUUGCUGUAGGGUCAAGUCAGCCUGAAUGGUUGGGGGGUCUCGCCGUUCCAACCAAUGGAAUUAUCCCAAUUCUCGGAAUUGAGUUUAGUUUUACAGUAAGGUACUGCUGGCUUUCCCGCUCUCUUAUAGGGGAGAAAAGAACGAAGCUAAGGGAACCACAGGCCAAACAGAACGCUCCUGGAACACUGAAAAGCACCUUUGCCAUGUGGCUAGCGUUAACGGACGAGCGCGCUUGUUUCGUUCGUCACCAAUUCCCAAGUGGGAAGCUCUCCCAACCUACACAGUGCACCAUGUACACGGAAGCGGCUUAUGAAGAAGCCGGUGCCUUAGUAUUGCUUCCCGACCCGUGUUCCGUACCAUGGUGCAGAUCGAUUCCAGUUGGCCAGCGCAAGUCUGAUACAUCUCUCUAUGUACAAUUUACUCAUCCUCACAGAAAUGUUUUUUUUGGUAGAAUAUCAGGCCCGACACUCACUUUCUAUUGCCCACCGGCUUGUCAUACACCGUCAACAACUCACGCAUUCCUCAUACCCGAACUAUCCUUGCCUGAAUUCUGGCCAGAGCACCCCUUGCUUAUUACCUACAAUGGCUUAUGCCUCCGAUGCCUGCUUCCUUUUAUCGACAACCUGUUGCACACACGCCCCUCCACAUGCCCUUGUGCUCCGUUCUGGACUUGAUUAUCGAUCCUCUAGCUCCCCGUUUAUCCCAGCUCGGCCUCCCCGUUGGUGCUUCGUUCGCCCUUUGGAUGUCUUUCCGGACCGUCCUUUGCUUUGUCACUUA